AAUGUGAACCAGUCGGCUUUUAAGCAGUGUUAACUAAUGUUAUUUAGCAAGCUGUGUUUUACUGUGUUUGUCUCUAACGGAAGCUCGGAGAAUAUCAUUUUAAUUUACAAACAAGCCAUCCUCCGACCGCGGCUAGCAACUUGGUGCGACACCAUGCUAGCCACAGUGACUGCUGUGGUUAGGUUUGCUCAAUACAAUGGCAGUAUUUCGCCUACACCAUUGGAGAACACAUCAGCAUUCCCAACUUGGCAACCUGAUACUGAAGCCAACAUCACCAAGCCUCACAAAUGUCUACAAGUUCUGUACGAGGACAUUGGAGACUCCAGGGUGCGGUUCUGGGACAUUUUACUGCUAGUGCCUAAUGUGGCCUUCUUUGUAUUCCUGAUGUGGAAGCUGCCCUCAGCCAGGGCGAAGAUUCGACUCACCUCUAGCCCCAUCUUCGUCACCUUUUACUUGCUGGUGUUUGUUGUAGCAGCGGUUGGAAUCACCCGGGCUGUCGUGUCCAUGACUGUCAGUGCGUCCAGUGCCGCCACCAUCAUAGACAAAGUGCUGUGGGAAAUCACCCGUUUCUUCUUGCUGGCCAUUGAGCUCAGUGUUAUCAUCUUAGGACUGGCUUUUGGUCACCUGGAGAGCAAGUCCAGCAUAAAGCGUGUGCUGGCUAUCACUGCUGUGCUGGCUCUGGGCUACUCCAUCACACAGGGCACACUAGAGAUCCUGUAUCCAGACAGUCACCUGUCUGCUGAGGACUUCAACAUCUACGGUCACGGAGGACGGCACUUCUGGUUGGCCAGCUCCUGCUUCUUCUUCCUGGUGUACUCUUUGAUUGUGAUCUUGCCUAAAACUCCUGUGAGGGAGAGGAUAUCUCUUCCAUCUAAGAGGAGUUUCUAUGUGUAUGCUGCCAUCCUGUCUUUACUGAACCUCGUCCAGGGUCUGGGCAGUGCUCUGCUAUGUGCUGGAAUCACAGAGGGACUCUGCUGUGUGGAUGUCACCACAUUCCUGUACUUCUCCACCUUUGCUCCGCUCAUUUAUGUCACAUUCCUCAAGAGCUUCUUUGGUUCAGAGCCCAAGAUCCUGUUCUCCUACAAGUCACAGGUGGAUGAGCCGGAUGAAAGUGAUGUCCACCUUCCCCCAACCGUCGCUACAACCCUUGGCCGUAAGGAGAUGACCGACCAAGGCCUGUUCUACUCCUCCACCCAGAUCGAUGGCUCUGGUCCCGGCAGCUCUCGUAUGGUUGGAGCAUACCUGGAUGAUGUUGCCUCCGGACCCUAUGGGUCCAGCAGCAUUAACAGCAUUGAAGCUGACCGCUGGAGACCUAUCAAUGCGUGAAUCAAUGAUAAGGCCAAUGGAAUAAGAGAGAUGGUUUUACAGCUGGACUUAAAUGUUGUGCGUGUGUAGUGUGUUAGGCAGGGUGGCGAUCAGAGGAGUUGGCCAAAAAAAUGCAGAACAAAGUAGUUGGGCACCAAGAAAGGGUCAUCUUGGUCUUGGAGGCCAGGAUAAGUUAACAAGUGGACACUUAAGGAGAGGCCUUUGCUAGCCAAUUAUCAGGAGGACUGUGAAUUUAGCAACUGCUUUUGUAACACUGUUGCCAGAGUGCACUGCUGCUGUAGCUCCAAACUAGGAGUACUGUCCCUCAUUGUGGCCGGGACAGACUCUGUGUUGGUUCAGUUCCACUGGCUCUUAAAUGUGGGAGCUUACUGACUCAUUAUCUGUCAUUCCAGCAUCAUGCAUCAACUGCUCAAAGUUUUAACCCCGUUUUAAGUGCCCGAGUCUUUAAAAACAUUCUUUUGAUGACAACUCAACAUCUUUACAUUCCCAGUAAAAGCUUUGAGUGACAGCAUCUCAACUGACUUUAUCUGCUGACUUGUAUUAGAUUUGCGACCCAACUGGCUAAUCCUUUUUUACUGAAUCACCGUGCCUCUCUACACAGGACAAGGAUUAGAGCUAAUUCAUUUUGAUAGGUGUACUUUGUCUUCUUAAAUAAGUGCUGUCCCUCCUGUGAACAAGUGAAAGGUGUUAGCAUGAUGUGUGUCACGGCAAUGUGAUAAGGAAAUCGGUAACUCCUGAAUACAGGAAUUGCAUUCAUGUUAAAGAUCACAAACCAUCUGUAAGGCUCUCUGCUAGGAAUGGCUGAGACACAGGAACAAAUCUCAAAUUGUGUCUCAGCCUUGAGCUUGCUACCUGUCACUUCUCCCCUCUUUUUAUUUUGUGCUUUUGCUUUAAUUUCUUAUACCGGAUUAAUCAUUCCUUCCACUGAAAGCACAUUUGUUAGCUUCAUAGUCAUUAAGGAUGUGGUGUUACGUGUGUGUGUGUGAUUUGAACAAAUGUGCAAAAAGCAUUUUUUUGUGUAUUCCAAAUUAGACAUGCCCUCAUUUCAUAUCAGCAUAUCUAGUUAAAGUUUGUUUGCAACAAAACUUUGCUGUUGCAAAGUUGACUUUUUAUUUCGCCGCUAACACCUUUUUUUGUUUUUUCUGUGUGCAGGGUUUCCUCAAAUGUUAUUACAAGUGGUGAAAUUGGACCAUAAACAAUAUUGCUCAAUUGUAUGGUAUCAAGUGAUGGUAUUGAUAAAAUUUCAUUAUAUAGAUAUUAACUUUAAAUUCCCUCUGGGCAAAAGAUGCUCAGGCAACUAUGUCAAAGAUAGGUAAUGUUCUGACCGUGUCAAUGAGAAAAAUACAGGACUAUUGCAGAGCAAUUUUUCCAUUCUGAUCAUCUUUAGGCUUGAGUUGUUUGCUUCUUGGUUCAACCUCCUGGUGUUAACUAAUAUUAUACUUUACUCUUUUUAAACCACAUCACAUUAACUUAUGCCUAUCAGUGACAUAUGAUGUAUGUGAGUUUCCCCCUGAAAAUGCUAUAUAUUUGGUAUGAAUGGAUUGCUGUACUCAAGCUAGCAGUAUGCAUAGAUAGUGGUGACCUGUAUGCUGAAAAUAAGAAUACCAUUUAUUUUUUCAUCAUUUUAAAGCAAGAACACAGUAAAGAUGUGUAUUUCCAAGAAAUUACAGUAUUUGCCUGACUCUUGAAAUAUUUAAUAUAUGUUUGAGUGCUGGUGAUAAUUGCUGUAGUUACCUUGAGUAAGAAUAGUGAUUGGGAAAUCAGUUUGCUGUUUCAUGACAGGAGUUCACAGGGUGCAUCUUUAUGGAAUUAAAGUCCACUCUCUUGCUACACAAGAUAUUUGAUGUUGAAAUCAUUUCUCAUAUGAUCUGUAAAUUGCCUUUUUAUUUAAAUGCAUUGAUUGUAUAAUAUCCAGCCCAUAUUAAUGCAAUGUAUUGAGCAUUCCAUGACCUACAGAAUAAACCAUGGACUCUUUCA